UUCAGAAGACCGAAGCACAUGGUGUUGAAACUUCGUGAGGAUGACAAGAUCUCGCCGCCCAACCUGCUGGACAAAUACAAAAAACUGCGUUCCCCUCUCACUCUAGAGGAGAGGAACCGAAUGGUGGACCUGGGGUACGAAUAUAUUGGGCGUGCUAUCCACUCCAUGCUGCAGAACAUGUCCCCAGGGGACACUCUGCCCGUCUCUACCCGCAUGCCCUUUGGGGGGAAUCCCGGGAAGCAUACCCCUCUGCAUCAAGAUCACGAGGUUACUUCAGCAAGCACCGAACCCGAGACUAUACCUCCCCACCACUCUACACACUCCGGUCGAUUCAUCUGAGACUACUCCAGCUCAACCGUAC